AUGUCCGACGAGCAGCAACAGGACGAGCCAGUCAAAUCUGAGGACGCGCAGGGCACCAUUAACAUUAAGGUCGUGAGCUCGACGGGCGAGGAAGUUUUCUUCAAGAUCAAGAAGAGCACGAAGCUGAGCAAGCUACAAGGUGCUUAUGCCAGCAAAGUGGGCAAAGACGUGGGCAGCAUUCGGUUUCUGUACGACGGGUCGCGAAUAAACGACGACGACACACCAUCGACGCUCGAAAUGGAGGACAACGACACUAUCGAUGUCAUGGUCGAGCAGGUCGGUGGCGCAGCAGUACCAUGA